AUGACGGAAGAUGUUAUGAUGAUUAUCAAUUCACAAAUCAAAAAAUACGAAAUUGUAUCUCAGUUAGGAGAAGGAGGUUUUGCAAGCGUAUUUUUGGGAAGACAUUAUCUUACUAAAGAAUUUUACGCCAUUAAAGCUAUUUCUCGAGAUAGAGCCAUGGAGUGUGGAUUACUAUGCUAUUUAGAGAACGAACUUCGGCUUAUAUCUCGAUUCGAUCAUCCAAAUAUAGUUAAAAUGUACGAGAUUAUUUAUCUUCAAAGUUACAUUUGCAUUAUUAUGGAAUAUUGUCCUAAUGGCGAUCUUAAUAAUGUUAUUAACUCUGAUCAACCUCUUCAUCAAUGCGAUAAAAAUAGAAUUGCCCUUGAAAUUCUAGAAGCACUUGAUUAUUUACACUCAAGAGGAAUAUCCCAUAGAGAUAUUAAGCCCGCAAACAUAAUGUUUGAUAAGGACAUGCAUGUUAAAUUAAUUGAUUUUGGCUUUGCAAGAGAACAGUCAGAAUCCGUAUCAACAAUGUGCGGAACUCAAAUGCUUAUGGCACCAGAAGUGAUAUGCAAUUAUAACUAUGAUGGAAGAAAAGCUGAUAUGUGGUCUCUUGCUAUUACACUUCAUGCCCUGGCAGUAAAUUGUCUUCCUUUUGAGUAUAGAGGAGAUUCUCAGCUCGCAAAAGACAUGAAGUCAAGAACAUUACCUAUUAAUAUUAUUGCAACAGGAAUGAUUGGCUGGAUUGUAAGAAAUACUCUGAUAUACGAUCCUGAUAAAAGAGCUUCUACUGCAGAAAUAUUAAACCAUGUGAAGAAUAACGAAUACACAUAUGUUGUCAAGAGGCUUCCCCGUGUCAAAAGAGCUAAAACAUCAUCAAUUCUCGAGCAAGUUGAGUAUAGGCAGAAUACCCCUCACAUUCUCAAAGUUAGGACAAACAAAGAGGGAAACCCUUGCAUUGGAAAUCGACUUGUCAGAAGUAAGGCAAGAUUCUUUUAA